AUAUCGACCAGUCAGUGCAACCCGAAAAGGAUAUCCUUCCAUUACCGAAAACGAAACACCAACGGCGUCGACAUGAUUCCUGUCCUGGCUGUGAUGAUAUUUUUUCAACACCAGACCGAAGCCAAAACGAUGUCUUCGACGCCAACACUGAUCGAAGGUGAUAUAGUCUACGAUGAGCAAUUUAAGAUUCUUACCGGCCAAGUGGGUUUGCGAAAACGUCGAGAUAUGCUGUCUGAUCGUGGCUUUCAUUGGAAAAACGCAGUGGUUCCUUACGAAAUAGAAAGCAAUAUGUCAAUUAGAGGUCGUAAGGUCAUCCGGAGAGCAUUCAGAGAGAUUGCAAAACGAUCGUGUGUGUCAUUUAUUCCGCGACAAGACGACCAUGAUGAUUAUGUCUCGUUUGUUAUCGGAAAAGGAUGUUACUCGUCCAUCGGCCGCGUUGGAGGUCGUCAAGUGGUCUCACUUCACGAGGACUGUAAAUAUCGAGGGAAAGUAAUUCAUGAAAUUCUUCACGCUCUUGGAUUUUUCCAUGAACACUCUCGCAGUGACAGGGACAAAUAUAUCAGGGUCAUUUGGAAGAAUAUUAUGAAAGGGAUGCGAAGGAAUUUUGUGAGCUAUAAGCAUGGUCCUAUUGAUGCGCUGGGUGAACCUUACGACUUCAAUUCGAUAAUGCAUUACGACAAUAAAGCAUUCACGAAGAACGGUGGAGACACUAUAAGGUCGCUGACAAAACCGAAAAUGAGGCUCGGACAAUUAAGAAGAUUGACAAAAAUAGAUGUUAGCCAGAUAAACAAGUUAUAUCGCUGCAAAGAGAGAAAGGCAGAAGCUAAAUGUUUCGACUUUAAAAGAAAUUGUAAGUUGCGGACAUCCAAAACUGACGUUUGUGAAGCUAAAUACAAGGUGAUGAAAGAAUCUUGUGCGAAAUCUUGUGCAUUUUGCGGAUAGAAGCUGCCUACAUGAUCCUCACCGCGCUACUCCUAAUGUACCCAUUUGAAAGAAGAUUCCAAAAGCCUUUCCGCUUCACAUUGAUAUGUAGACGAAGAAAAUACCCAAUUGCUUAGAAGAUGAAACAAGGACAACAUGUAUGGAUGUCGAACACUGCCUCAGCAUGAAGACGCAAUUUUCUCAUGCAAGAUCGCCGCGGUAUAAAAUUUAGACUGGCAGAACGGCACAAUCAAUUGAUAUGCAUGGCCAAUAAUUUAUAAUAUAUAUAUAUUGUAUUUAGACGACUAUAUAAUUAUUAUAAGAUGUACAUUUAAUAAAGAUAAGCGAGCUGUGAAAUUUAAGUAUACCGAAGUGAUUGUUCAACGUGAAGAUUUUGAAAUGAUGCAAUAUAUAGAGGUAUACUCGUCAGACAUAUAUAGCCUCUAAAAGCCUACCAAAAAACGUAUAAUAAAUUGAAUAAUUUAUUACUACCUCCUUAGAAACAGUAUGCUUUG